AUGGACUUCUUACGCAAGCACUAUGAAAAGUACACACAACAAGAUGCUUCUACCGACCAAGCCCUUAUUGCCGCAAUCCGAACUAGCCAAUUUGCACUUGAUAAGUGGCAAGCUAUCAACAACUAUACUCCUGCCUAUGCAGCAGCGCUCCUCCUCCAUCCAACUUAUCGCGAGAACUAUAUUAAACAACACUGGUCUCCGUCAUGGCGAACACCAGCUAUUACUGCUGUACGCGCUUUAUGGACUGCUAAAUACAAGAACAAGACCAAGCCUAUUGCAAUAGCACCAUUGUCAAAUGAAGAAGAGUCGAAUCAGCUGGCCAAGUGGCAGGCUUCUAUACGGUUUGCAAACUCAGUUACCAUACCUGAGGAGUUUGUCCAGUUUACCAAGAGUCCUCCAGUACUCGUUGAUGAUGCUAUACAGUGGUGGCUUGAGCCAACGCAGCAACACAACUAUCCAAACCUCUCUCAGAUGGCUAUUGAUAUCCUCUCAAUCAAUCCAAUGUCUGCUGAGUCAGAGAGGGUGUUCAGUGGCUGUAGAAGGACACUGUCGUGGGACCGAGCAAGCCUCUCUGCUGAUAAUCUUGGCUAUAUCGAGUGCCUCAAGAGCUGGCAGAAGAAC